AUGCUCGGAGCAUAUGACCGAGAUAUUGCAGAACUUACCCUUAAAACAAGCAUAGGCCAUACGGUCGUUUACCGAGAACUUGCAAGCAAAUAUGGUGUUGAAGGCAUUCCCGCACUAAUUAUUAUUAAAUCGAAUGGUGAUGUUAUCACAAAGAACGGAAGAGCAGAUGUUUCGGUUUUGAUUGGACCAUGUCGUUUUUGA